AUGCCUCCUGGACGGAAGAGGAGGACGAAGGCCCUCGCUGGAAGCGGAGAAUCCGCCGCUUCCACAGUCGUGGAUGACUCCACGUCGGGUGGCGAGGCGGAAGUGGCGGGAACGACGGUAAGGUCGCCACCGCGGAGUAAGGCGCGUCAUGAUGACGGAAGCGAAGCGGGAAGCGAGAGUUGUGGCGGGAGUGCCAUCGUGGCCUCCGUCGAGAAGGUGGUUGCGCGUGCUGGGUCGCCGCGUAACGUAGUGGGCAUUAAGGGAGGGAGCGGGAGUUGUGGCGGGAGUGCCAACGUGGCCUCCGCUGAGAAGGCGGUUACGCGAGCUGGGUCGCCGCGUAACGUAGGGGGUGUCGAGGGAGGGAGCGGGUGUUGUGGUGGGAGUGCCAUCGUGGCCACCACCGAGAAAGCGGUUGCGCGUACAGCGUCGCCGCGUCAUGAAGGGGAAAUCGUGGGAGGGAGCGGGAGUUGUUGCGGGAGUGCCAACGUGGCCUCCGCAAACAGAACGGUUGCUCAACCGUCAAGGACGGUUGGCAAAGAAACGGGUGCCGGGCGUGCCAAAGAGGCCGCAAAAAAGCGGGAGUAUUCGCGGGGAGAAGUUUUUGUUGGGGGGGGGGCAGUCGGCCAUGUUGCGGCUGCCAAGCGUAUUACGGGGGAGCUCAACGAGCUGGUGUUUGAAGCCAAGAGCUUCGAUAAGGGGACCGCGAAGGGGCUGGUAGAGCUUGCCUCCAAAUAUGAGGCGCUCUUGAUGACGGUCAUAACCGAGAAUGCCCAUCUUCGCGGUCAAGUUGACGCCCUUAAGGGAGGUUGUGGGGGACACUCCUCGACGCCGAGCAGGUCAAUGCCGGCUCCGGCGGCACCGAUGCCUGCGCCACCAGCACCUGUGCUGGAUGCGAUCACACCGGUGAUGCCGAAACCGGUGGAGACCUGGUCGGUCGUGGUGAGGAGUAAAGUUCCCACAACUUCCUCUAAGGAAGUCAUUAAUAAAGUGGUGAAGGAGAUUACUAUGGAGGUAGAUACGCCGGUUACAAUCACGAUAACCGCUCGGGCUACAAAUGCGCCACGCACCGGGCCCUCACCAGCGCCCCGAACUGUGGUUGCAACAACGCCGGCACCUGCACCGGCAACAACGCCGGCCCCUGUACCGGCAACCGCGCCUGCAGCGGUCCUUCAAUCCGCACCUCGCGGUGGCACUCGGCCACCACCACACCCAUCACGGACUUUGGAGUCCCUAAGGUGCCCCAUCUGUCGGCGCCCACAUCGCCUGCACCAGUGUGGCAUAUUUCGGGGUAUGCGACCCGUGCAACGGCAGCAAGUUGCCCAGGACCACCGGCAUUGCCAGAACCAGAGAACAUAA